AGGCAUUUUACUAAGUCCUGAAACACCGGUGCUAUCGCUUUAACGGGACGAGCGCUGACGCUGGGACGGGGACACGGGGAUGGGGGAGCGGGUUGCUGCAGCUACACUCCCGACCGAGACCAGAACAGCACGGACCGGCCUGAAGACUAGCACGUUGUUAUCCCUGAAAACCUCCCCGUUCAGGGUUUAAUUCCACCAUGAGAGACUAUUCGGCCACUCCGAGUAAUGGAGGGGCUUGCAUGCCGUGCUGCCAAGUUUGCGUCUUCUUCUUUACCGCAUUUCUCCUGGUUGCAGAGAGGACGGCGCUGAUCUACUGCUUCGUGUACUAUCUGUGGAUUGGUCACAACUACAACUAUGGGUAUCUUGCUGGCUUCACUGCCCUGUUCCUGCUGCCAGGUUGGGGUCCCCAGUGGCUGAGUUACCUGUGGUACCUGUCAGAUGGACGAAUUCGCAGGAAGUCCCUCACCUGGACACACAUACUGCAUCUGGGACUUUUCAAAAGGCUGUGGGAGUGCAUGCGCCUGCCAGAUGAGGAUAUGUACAGUGAGAUCAUGCAGCAGGCUGAUGCAUCUGCCAUACGUCUGUUCGAAGCCUUGGUCGUCACCCUCCCUGAGACGCUGCUCCACGCUUAUGUGCUAAUUUGCACUGAUAUAGGAGUCAAAUCUCCAGCCUCAGUGUGUUUUGCAGUGUGUUUGGUUUCUCUUGGCUGGGCCUUAGUGCUCUAUGCCAGAGCCUGUUCACUCAUCAGACCAGGACACUUGCAAAUGACACCAGCUGCCAUGCUCUGUCGACUGCUGUGGAGGGUCAGUAUGUUGGGAUCCAGGUUUGCCAUUCUCAUGCUCUUCACACGUAUCUUCAAACAGUGGAUCCUCGGGGUCAUCGGUGUCCACUGGCUGGGAGCAACUUUUUGGAUGGUGUCCCAGCAGACGGAUAUCAUAAGGUCAACAAGCCGAUGGAGGCUCUUCAAUCUUGUUCUGGGAGCUAUUCACGUCUUCCUCUUCCUCAACGUGAAGUACGGUCAAUCUAGAUACCGCAUGGCUGGGUUUUAUCUGGUUAUGUUCUUAGAGAACGCUUUUCUUCUUCUGGCAUCCUCCUGGAUGUUUGCCAUGGUGUCCUGGGAUACUGUGGGUAUCCCAGCUGCAGUGUUCUGCAGCUUCCUCAUUGGAGUGAUAGCAUUGGUGCUGUACUAUCGUUUCCUCCAUCCAAAGUCUUUUGAGAUCUUCCAGAGUAUUCGUCACAGGGGAAUAGCUGGGGCCUGCAUGGAGCGUGGCUCUACACUCUCAUUAGAGGAGAAAGUCACGCCCACUUUCCAUCGACAUGCAACACUGUCUGGUGGGACCCUCAUGGACCUUCCUAUCCAAUGGGAGGGCUGGAAGCAUCACCACUGGCUGCUGAUUCGCUUAGCUCUGAAGACAGGGGAUGUUUCAAGGAUCUGGUCUGCAUAUGGUGAGGGGGGACUGGCUGGACUGAUGGGUCUGUCUGAAGAAGUUCACUCCCCUGAUGACCUACAUGUCCAUCGGAUUCCACCAAUUCAGCCACAGCUUUCUCACCGCACACAACCAGCUUCUCAACCUGCUGCUGCUGCUGCUGCUCUACCUCCUCCUCCACCAGCUCCUUCACAGGUUUCACAGGUGAGAGAGGUGGUCCAGCCACCAAAGCCAGCUCACUGCACUAUAGUGGCCCGACCGGUGAGAAAAGCUCCUCCCACAACUAUUCAGGAUAUGAGAAGGUUUCCAGAGAUCAUCCCAGUCCAGGAGGUCAUCCCUGAAGAAACUGCAGAAGAAGACUCCAGCGUGGCACUAUCAGAGGGAAAAGGUGAUGAGGAGUUCCAAAGCGCUGCUUAUGGCUCACCGUCGCUUUCGUCUCCUCAACAACCAGGAAGCCUCCGCCACAUCGACAGCAAAGAGGCGACUCUGACUGAGGCCUCUUCGGUGGGUUCUUUAGACAUCAAGACACCCGGCUGGUCACCUGAGCGGCGUUCCCCCCUCCUGAUUAGUUCCCCAGAUAAAAAAUCAGGGGUCCCCGGAGAAUCAAGCACUACAUUGUAUUUUAGUGCAGAUGCGCAGUCUCCCUCCAGUGGGAGCUAUCUCGGCUGGGGCUCAGAGCUGUCACCCAUUUCCACCUACCGAAGUCCCUACCGGAUCAGGGAGGCCCGAUUUGUCACAUCCACACCCAGAUUGGAGCCCCGUGCAGAACAAGAAAGCCCGGGCCCCACCCCUGUCAUCGUCAUCCCUGCCACUCCUGGUACAACACCAGGUGCUACCCCAGGUGGGACCCCUAGUGCUUCAACUCCUGUAAGUUCAACUCCUGCAGAAUCAACUCCUGUAGGUUCAACUCCUGCAGCUUCAACUCCUGCAGCUUCGACUCCUGCCGCUUCAACUCCUGGUGCUUCAACUCCUGGCGCAAUUACACCUGGUACACCCAUUGUUCCUCUCACUCCAGUCAUCUCCCACGCUCGCAAACAGAUGGUCCAGUUUGUGGACAGCAGAGAGAGGGCGGUGUAAGAAGGAUGGGGGUACAAGGAAAAGAAAAGCCUGGGUGGAGGAUGGUGUAUUAUUCAGUUUUGCUGUUCUCAGCAUUGAGUCUUUUAAGUUAACUUAUAACUGUCAUAGAAAGAGAUCGGUAUAAUAUUGCUCAUGUUUCCCCCUUGUGUGCAGCUAUACAGGAAAUAAUUGCUGAAAGUGUGUCACAUUGACCAAAAUCUCAAUCAAAAGAGACAAAUCUUCAGUUUUAAUAGCAGGACUUUGAAGGAUUUGUAUUAAAGUAUAUUCCUAUGCAAGCCAUGAGGAAACAUCUGAAGCUAAUAUAUAUGAGAGGGUGAGUUGAAAUUUUGUAGAUUACAGAAGUUUAAAUCUGGACUACUUCUCAAAAUAAAACAAUAAACCUUCAAACUACAUUUUUAACUAUUACACUAUAACAAUAAAAAACCUACACCUAAGUGUCAACUGAGGUAACCUUGGAUGGGAUGUAAGAGAAAUCAAAAUGGCUAUAAAGUAGCUAUGGCUUGUGAUUAAAAUUUAAAGCAUGAGCAGUUAUUGAGCUGUUGGAUCCUUUAAACCAAAAGAAACAAUACAGAAUCACCAGUUUACAAUAACUCAACAUGCUGUCUGCCAGGCUGCUGUGCAGAAUUUCUUACAACAUGACACACCAAUGCAAACAUUUUAAUGUAAAUCAACUCAGCUUCAGGCAAACAUUUACAUUUCUUGACGUUUCUUUUCUGUUUUUCCUUUUUUUAACCACAAGGCGAUUGAUGUUGGAUGUCUCAUCCACUUUUUAAGAAACUACUUAUAUUUGCAGUGAAGUACAUAUUAGUAUUUACCUACAUCACAUACACACUGAAACCGAGGCCAAUUCAGGAAGGGAGAGUAAUUAAAUAGAAAAUUAAAUGAGUAAAAUGGUGAUUAUGAAGGGAUUAUGUUUCAUUUAUUAGAUGCAUUUAAUUUUUUAUAUAACUUGCUUAUGUGUUUUACUAAUCAAAUAUCUUUGUGCACUGAUUAGAACAACACUUUUUGAGCUCUGAACUUUUGCAGGCGAAAGAAGGGAAGUGCGAUAAAAUAUGUGUGACACAGGAUAAGGAACUAGAGCGAACUUUACCAUUUCUCUGCACUGUUAAGAUCAAUGAUGGGGCGUAAAAAGAUAUAUUUUCUGUGUGGGAGUUAAACUUGCACUGUGCGAGCUAACACUUCAGAUUAAUACAAGUACUUUCAAGUUUUACAUUUUAAUUUCAAAUCUUAAAUCUCGCUUCACUGCCUACUUAUUAAAUGGUGUAAUAUCAAAAUGUACUGUGUGCUGUCCUGUGGACUGUAUUCAAAAUGCACGCCAGAUUAUGCGCUUCUAAAAAAAGGUGCACAGUCCUUGUUAGCAAAGACCCGCUUUGUUAUGAAAUUAUCCACAGCACUGAAACUAAUUUUUCAUACCUGUCCUACCUGAAUAGCUGUACCUCUACUUGUGCUACAAAGGUUUAACUAUAUCUAGUAAUCUGUGUCACUCCUCAGUCUGUCCAUCAGUUAAACCACCUACCUCAAUACAGUUGAACUUCCGUGUUGCAAUUUUAUUUUAAAACAUUAAAUAAUGUAGCUAACCGAAGAAUAAAAAUUAGCUGUGGCACAGUCAAAAGUAAUUCGAAAUUAUGCGCUGCUAUUAGUCUGAAGUGGUCAGUACCUGUGUUAACGUCAUGAAUCCUGUGUGCGAAGUCAAACCGUAAUCGCAGAAUGUUGUAUUUGACAAUGUCAGUCUUCCAUGUGACUUUAUCUAUAUUUUUUUUUUACUGUGCUGGAUUACUUUUAUUGCUUUGUGUCAAAACAAAUCAAUAACUGUGCAGCAGUAACUAUGAGGUCUGUUUCUUUAAUGUGCAGGAAGGAGAGGAAACACGAGAAGCACUUUAGGAUACUGAGAAACUGAGUUCAUGGAGCAAAGUAGGGAUUUUAAAACUAGAAACUUGAUUUGGUAGAAACUGCUUUUCAAACUGGUGUCCAUUUACUGCAGCUUUCUGAUAGUUAAGUCACUGCAUGAUGCUCAUUCAUACAGGCAGACUGAGAGUUGUAUCUACUCCCAUAGAGAAAGAAGCACUCACAUUACCUACACGUUACUUAAUGUAACUGCACAUUACCGUUUUUUUAACACACGCUAGAAUGUAUGUGUACGCAACAGCAAUAAGCUAACUAAUGUAUUUAGUGCACUUAUGAAAAAAUAUCCACACUCAUGCUUUAAAUGCGUCAUCGCUUUGCCUUGUACGAAGACAGCUUUAGCUGCCACGCUUGCCUCAUGUAUGCAUAUCGCUUUGAAAUAGAAAUAACAUGCUUUGCUUUGUGUACGCGAUGUAUACGAUAAUAUCUACUUGUGUUUGUAAUUUGAUUCAUUUUGUACUUUUAAAAGGUUCUUUUAUAUUUGAUCACAUUUACUGUUCAUGAAAUGAUCUGGACAAGGUUUUGUGUUAAAGUUUGAGGAUGUUUAGAGAGCAGAUAGUUAUCACUGACAGACUUGAGUUAGUUUGCUGAUUCAUUAUAACCUCGUCACCUUGUCACUGGACGACCUCCUUUCAUCAGUACAAAUCACCUCAUCUCUGAGAGGAUUUCCACAGAGGAGCUGUGGAUGAUAGUUGUGACUCAUUAAGUGUGCUGUUGAUAUGACAAAAAUAAAGCCAUUUGCCAUGAUCAAA